AUGAUCUCAUUGAUUCUAAUUAUUGCGAUAUGCGGAUUUGUCAAUAUAUUAGCGAAUAGUUGUCCCGAUAGUUAUAAAUUAAUAGAUUUUGAAAUACUUGGAGGAACCAUUGAUCCUAUACCAUCUAUAUAUCAAGGUCUUACUUGGCUAGAUGCUUACUAUAUGAUAGCUUCACUGGAGCCAGGAAGCGGAUAUGAAGUUCCAUUACGUAGCGGCGGAUACAUUGCUUUCAACGCACACGGAGCUCAGAUGUCAAUCGGUGCUCCUGCAUCAUCCAGUAUUGCUGUACAUUCAUUUGUGGCGGCCGCGGCUUGGAAUGAUGAUUUAGUUCUGACAAUUACCGGUGAUCGCAAUGGAGCAACUGUUUACAGUGAACAAGUUAUUCUCAACACUACUUCAGCAACAAACGUUGUAUUAAACUGGACAAAUAUCGACAACAUUUCAUUUUCAACAUCUGGAGGUGUUCCUGCAAAUGCUAACUCAGCUGGAAAUGGUACACAUUUUGCUAUGGAUGAUCUAUGCGUAUUAAAAGAACAAAAGCGACAGCCAGAAAUUCUAUACAAAUGUGAUUAUUGGGGCGAUCCGCAAUUAAUUACAUUUCCAAAACAGGCCAAUGAAUUUGCUUCUAGUUCUUGGUGUCAAAUCAAUGGUUCAUCAGUUCUUUUCGAAAAUUCAUAUNGUAAAUGA